UCCACUGUGAGUCGCGCUGCAGGUGCAGGUGCAGGUCCAGGGCAAAGCCCAAGGUGAGGUGUUCCGUUGUGUUCCUCGGGUGCCUACGCGGCUGUGCGUGGCUAUUUUAAGGAAACACGGCAAUGGGGGGUCCUUCCGUGCUGCGCUCUCUCCCACCCGCACAGCUACCGUCCAAAUCGCGGCAUAAAAUGUGGGCCGGCCAUGGUGUUAACUUUCCUCUCCUCCCCUCCUUCCUCCUCGCCCUCGCCCCCGCAUCUGGGCCAGAUUAGCUCCCCCAUCGACCAGCCGGAGGAUCCCCAGAUCAACCCACCGCCUCCGGACGGUCACCUCCACAUCUACAUCCACCUCCAGCGCAGCUGAUCUAGGGAAUACACCAAUGGCGACAUCCAAGAAGGAGCCUCUCAACCCCAGCAGGGACAGGGCCACCAGGAUGGCACCCAACCUCAGGCCCUCCAGCACCGAGUCCUCCUCCUCCGGCUACGGCGCGCGCCGGGCGAGGUCAGUGCCGAGUUCCCCAGAUCGCAAGUUCGGUCCUUCGGCUGCUGCUGCUGCGGCGGCGGCGGCGGCUCCUUCCGCCUCUCCGGACAUGUGCCGUCCCUCGUUGUCACAUGCCGGCCGGUCCAUCUCGUCUCGGACAAUGUCAUCCGCUCAUGGCAGCAAGCCAUCCUCAAAGCCGGCUCUGGCUAGAGCGAAAUCCGACAAAAUCACCACCAACUCACAGCGGCCUCAUGUGCUGGCUGUGCCGCUGAGCAGUUCGUUCAAGGACAUGGCCAAGACAGUGGCGGCAGCCUCCAACUCGCCUUCUACGUUGCUGAAGAAUAAGCUUUCGCCAAGGCCUGGCCCUAGCAAAGGGGUGGCGUCCCCAAACCCAAAGCCGAGCAUCCAGAGGGUGCCAUCGCCAGGGGCUUUGAGAGGUGGGAAGCCUCUGCCCACGUCGUCGUCACGCGCGCCAGGCACAUCGGCAAAGAAAAGAGAAGCAGCAGCAAAUGGUGGUGCCAAGGCAAGCUCAAGGCCAAGGGGUGCUCCUCAGAGGGCAGUGGAGCCAUCUACUACAAGCGGGAAGGAGAAAGAUGACGAGCCGUCAAUGCAGUUUGAGGAAUCCGAGAGCCUGACCACCCCGUCCAUCGAAGAUCAGUUGCAGGAGCAGCUUCCUGACCCUGUGGACCUGAAGCCCAUCGACAUGGCUGCUUCUGCUUCCGCUUCACCUCGGCACGAUCGACAGGAGCUGUGCACUCAGCAACAAGGCAAGAGUGAGGAGGGAGUCAAGGAGCAGCAAGAGAAAGAGGAUGCCGAUGCCGGCGGAAAGAACAACAAACCCGACGUUGCAAAGGUUGCUGAUGAAUUGGAUCGAGCGGUGGAGACAGAAGAGGCUAAAACGAAGGCAUCGGCGCUGGCAAGCAACAGGGGUGAAGCUGCUCAGUCGUGGAGGAAGGAUGAUCCCAAGAACAACGACGUGAUCGAGGAGACCAAAAGCAAGCUCCUGGAGGAGAGGAAGAGCAGGGUGAAGGCCUUGGUAGGGGCCUUCGAGACGGUCAUGUCCUUCAAGGAGUAGUGCUCAGCCUCGGCUCAACUCCGUUGAUCGAUUAAUCCUGGGUGCAUCCUGUACUGAAUAUGCUGCGAUCAUGGUUCCUCGAGUGUUAGAGUGAUUAUACGAUGGGUUUCCUUGGUCCAUUUGUAUUCCAUGUGUUGAUUUUUUCUUUAUUUCGGACUGAUCGCCGCGUCCAUUGUUGAUGCGCUGCUUGUUGCUGUUGCUGGUGCGGAUUUGAAUGAAACUUCGGUGCUUGUUGGCUGGCUGGGAAA